AUUUUUGCCCGAUGACGUUUUGACAGCUCGGUCCAGUUUUGUUAACAUUUGUGCCAGCAAAACAAGUAUGAUAGAUACGAAAAUGACCGAAGAUUCUACAAAUAAUGUAGAAACUGUUGAAAAUACAAACGAAGCAGAGCAAACAAAUGCUGUCAUUGCUGAAACUAAUAAAGUGUUUUCGUUAGAAAUUUUGCAUAUGAUAAAAAAUGCACAACAACAACACGGGCUACGUCAUGGAGACUAUCAGCGUUACAGAGGCUAUUGCACUCGUCGCAUACGUCGUUUGCGUAAAACUCUGAAGUACCCACAAGGUGAUAAGCGACACUUUAAGAAACGUGAUGUGACAAUUACUCAAUUAGCUGGCAAAAAUGCUGAUGAACGUUAUAUACAUAUACCCUUAACAGCAGCUGAACGUUGCUGGGCCUAUGGCAUGCAACUGAAACAAGAAGCCAACUCAGAGCCACGUAAACGUUUUCAUCUCAUAAGCAAAUUGCGAAAGGCUUGUGUAUAUGCACUUCAGCUACAAGAAUUGUGUACUUCGGAUGUAUUUGAUGCACGCACGAAAUUGGAAUGUGAAGCUUAUGUAGCUUGGAUGAAUGGUACUUUGUAUUUUGAAUUGCAGGAAUGGAAAACUGCCGGUGAACAUUUAAAACGCGCACAAGUCGUGUAUGAGAAUUUAGCAAAAGCAUUGCCUGAAGAAGAACAAGAAUUGUAUAAUGCCAAACUUAACGAAUUUGCACCAAAUUUACGUUACUGUGCGUAUAACAUAAGCGGAGGUGGUGCUGGUAACACCAAUAUGGAUGAUUUGUUAGAGUUGCGCGCACAAGGUUUACUUGAAAAUCUUGAUGAUUUAAUUAGCCAAGCAAAAUCUGAGAGUUGCGAAGGUCUACAAACCAUUGAAUGGCGUGGACGUAAAGUUACUGUACGCCCAGAAAAAGUACGCCUCUUCCUUUUAGGUGCUCAAGACUUAGAUAAGUCUUUGGAGAAAACUACUAAAAUUGAUUCUAAGAUUGAGUUAAUUGAGCGCAUAUUGAUGGAUUGUAAGGAUGCUAUACAAGCUGUGAAAGAUGAAAUUAAGCAAGAUCCCAAGUUACGUUCAAUGGCAACUGGCCAAACAGUGUCUGGUGUGCAAUAUUUACUAUCUUACUUGUCGUAUAUACGACUUAGCCGUACAUUACAACGUAAUUUAUGUUUAGUUGAACAGGCUAAAUUGAGUUUCGAAGAUCCAAAUCGAAAAACUCAAACCACUAUCGAAGGUAAAAAAGUGCGUGCACAGGAUUUCGCACGUUUGUAUGAAAUCAUUUUACAAAACGUCACGGAAAUGCAACAAAUUACUGGUUUAGAAGAAGAUGCUGAAUACCAAGCCGAAAUUCAAAACUUGUCUAGUGCCUUCAAAGCCUUCCGUUGUUAUUAUAUUGCAUUGACUUUAAUUGAUAUGAAAAAGUGGAUAGAAGCCGUUGCUCUUUAUGAACGUUCAUCUAAUUAUGCUACCGAAGCACUUAAGGGCAAGCCGUCUAAUGAAUUUAACCUUACGGACGAGCUAAAACGUCUCAUCACAACUAUUGAUAGUUCUAAAUUUUCAGCGCAUGCUUAUAGUGUACUUGAGAAUGAAACUGGCGAUGGUGAAGUUUCGACAACCAGAUCACAGAAAUCGUCAAAACCACUGUUUGAGCGAUUAUCUCAAUAUAAAGAGGAUCAAUCAUUACAUACAAGAAAUCCAAAUGUAUUUAAGCUGACACCAGAUAUGGAGGCCAUACCUUGCAAACCUUUCUUCUUCGACUUAGCUUAUAAUUAUAUUGAACUGCCAUCACUCGAGGGUAAAAUGGAAUCGCCGGAUAAAAAGGGGGCCGCAUCAAUUUCAGGUUUUGUUAAAGGUUUUCUCGGUUGGGGUGGCAAAAAAUAAUGCAAUAAUAUAUUCAGUUUACAAUUUAUGCAUUUAAUAUACAAUAUCACUUUUAUAUAACAAAGAAAUUUGUAAUUGGAAUUUCAAAAACGAACAAGUAAAAUACCUAGACCUUAGCUCCAGUUUUACCUUUUGUACCGUUUGAAUUGGCAUAAAUUUGCAUUUUUGUUGUUAAUUGGUUAAAUUUAGGAAUUUAAUAAAAUAUAUUCG